UCGGCUUCUCGGAUAUGCCUCUUACAUCUCUCCCACCUCUCCUCCAUCUCCCCCCUAAACCACCAUGGCCAGUGUACACGGAACCUGCGACCCAGCAUUCACCGCGGUACGCGACCUCCUCGCGCAACAAAUCGCCAACCACGAUGAAAUCGGCGCCUCCAUCUGCGUCAACAUCGGCGGCCACACGGCCAUCGACAUCUGGGGCGGCCACACCGACCGCGAACGCACCACGCCCUGGAAAGAAGACACCAUCGUGCCCGUGUGGUCCAUCACGAAGACGGUAAUGGCGCUGGCCGUCCUCGUGCUCAUCGACCGCGAGGUCCUGGACCCCUCCGCCCCGGUCGCGCAGUACUGGCCCGAGUUCGCCGCCCACGGCAAAGAAGGCAUCCAAGUGCGUCACCUUCUCAGCCACAGCGCGGGUCUACCGUCAUGGGAUCCGCCUCUCAAGCUAGCUGAGCUGUACGAUGUCCCCACGGCGCUGGAGAAACUGGUCGCUCAGCGCCCCUGGUGGGAGCCUGGGACUGCCUCGGGCUACCACCUGGUUAGUCAGGGGUAUCUGGUCGGGGAGCUGGUGCGGCGGGUUACGGGCAAGACGCUGGGCGAGUUCAUCGAGCAUGAACUGGCGGGUCCUCGAGACGCGGACUUCCAUCUCCCUGUGGCGGAGGAGCACUGGUCGCGUAUUGCGACGAUGGAGCCGCCUCCGCGGAUCCCGAUGUCUCUGGAAGGCGACAGUGUAGCGAUGCGUGCUUUCCGCGGAAACCCGCUGCCGGCGGAGCAGUCGAAUACGGCGGAGUUUAGGCGUCUAGGGAUCGGGGCGAUGACGGGGUUCACGAACGCGAGGGCCGUGAAUCGGCUGUUGUCGAUCGUGGCGUUGAAUGGGAGUGUGGGGGGGAGGAGGUUCCUGGCGCCCGAGACGGUCGAUUUGAUCUUCGAGGAACAGACGAGGGGCAGGGAUUUGGUGCUUGGGUUGUUUCUGCGCCUGGGGAUGGGCUUUGGGCUGCCGGUGGGGGAUAUGGAGGAGUCACUGAGGUGGAUUCCGGAGGGGAGGCUUUGUUAUUGGGGUGGCUAUGGAGGGUCGUUUGGGCUUAUGGAUCUGGAUCGGAAGAUGACGAUCACGUAUACCAUGAAUAAGAUGGAGAUGGGCACACUGGGGAAUUCGAAUACGGUCAAGUAUGUGACGGGUGUUUAUGAGGCGUUUAAGGAUUAUAAGCCGAAGUUGUGAUUGUUUAUAGCGGCGAUGGGUUGGGUUAUUAGCUAUACACUGUUGGACGUGGGCCCUUGAUACUAGGUUGUAGACUCUCAAUAAACAUAUACACGUUACAGGAAUACCAG